CAACCAAGAGCACAUAGCGCCAUCCACCGGUCAUAUCUCAUUCAGGAGGGGAGUGCUUGUUGGUGAUAGUUAUCAACAGAAGUUCUGGGAUCGUGCAGAGCGCAGUGUCAAAGAACACUCAAACCCAGAGACACGCACCCAGCCAAACAAAGCUGCUUAGUCGGCAACGCCGAGCAUUCCACGACAUUCCGCCAGACCAGCCUUUCACCGACGACUUUACACAAGACAAUGGCAACGCACAACACGACACAGCGGCUCCUCCGCGAACUCAAAGACUACACCAACAACCCGAACGAAGCGCUCCUGCACCUGGGCCCCAUCGACGAAGAUGACCUGCUACACUGGGAAGCCGUACUCAAAGGCGUAAAAGGCACCCCAUACGAAGGCGGCCUCUGGGCCCUCCACAUCACCAUCCCGCCCUCCUACCCCCUCACCCCGCCCACCAUCCGCUUCAGAACCCGCAUCAGCCACCCGAAUAUCUCCUUCUCGACCGGCGAGAUCUGCCUGACGCUGCUGACGACCGAGCACUGGAGUCCCGUGUACACGCUGUCGUCGACCCUGACGGCCAUCCACCAGCUGCUGACGGACCCACGCCCGGAGUCACCACUGAACGUCGACGUGGCGGCGCUGCUGCGCGAUGGCGAUAUCCCCGCCUGGGAGAGUGUGGUGCGGUUCUGGACAGAGGAGGAGCGGUGGGUUCCGCGGUGAUUAUUUCUGAGGUUAUUCGGGUGAGGGGUGGGGGAUAGAUGGAUUGAGUGAGGGCUAUGGGGUGAGUUGGCCAACCAACAGUAUAUCAUUAAUGAGCGUCUGUUACGGUUGGGAAGGUAGCCGUAGAGUCGGAGCUGAGUGAGGGGUGAUAUGCCCGCCUCAGCUGCGCGGGAUGAUCUUGUACAGAGCGAUACAGCUAGC